UAAGCUAACUGUUAGUUUUGUCUGGUUCGUUCGUGUGGCGAUAUAUGAGAUGACGAUUAAAAUCUAAGGAGUUGCCGGUUAUUUUAGGUUUUUUUGUGUCUUAAAUUGAGUUUGGAGAGCAAGGAAAGGAUUACGAUAGAAAGGAGCCCAAUGCAGUCAGCUGCAGACACUGUGGAGAAUGCUUCCAUCCUCUCUGGUGGAUCGGCUCAGGACGGUCAUCGCCUCUGGAUUGGCAACAUUGACCCCAAAAUCACAGAGUACCACCUAGUGAAGCUUCUCGAGAAGUUUGGCAAAGUGAAGCAAUUUGACUUUCUAUUCCACAAAUCGGGUCCUUUGGAGGGUCAACCAAGAGGAUACUGUUUCGUCAACUUCCACACCAAAGAGGAAGCUGAACGGGCCAUUCAGCGUCUGAAUGGGAAGCUGGCGCUGUCUAAGAAAUUGGUGGUGCGCUGGGCUCAUGCUCAGAAAUUUGAACCCUUUAAAGGAGAAAAGAAUCUGCCGACCAGUUUAGAGCCUUCGUCUAGUGAAACAGAUGCACUGCCAACCAAUCUAAGUAUUAAUGCAAAGAUACGGGCCAUUGAAGCCAAGCUGCAGAUGAUGGAAGAAAACCCUGAUGAUUAUUCUGGACCUUCAGCAUAUAUCUACAACAAACCUCCUGAUAAGAGGGACAAGAGGUCUCAGCCCUACCACAAGCAGUUCGCAAAUUCAGGAGAUGACGUCUCAAAAACACUAUAGGUGUCCGUGGUGUCCCGGCACUGAACGGACCAACACUGGUGUGCACAUUGUGGACAGAGAUGUACUGUAUAAAAACGAGCUGAUCUAAUCUCUCGGCCAAUGUGAGACUGUAAAGUAUUAUGAAAAAGUGUAACACUGUUUGUAGUGUUGUGCUGUUUUCAGGCCAGUGGAGGAGUGCUGUUAUCGUGAACGGCAUUUACUUGUGUAAGCAGGAUCUAGCAACAAGCGUUCUGGUGAAAUUUACCUUUUCUAAAUAUUGAUGUUAGUAAUUUCAGUUCUUUAGGGAGUGAUAACUUUUGGAUUUCGAGUUUUCAAACACAUUUUCACAAAACGGUCCCUUGAUGUUCUCCAGAAUGCAGCUCCUGUUGUUUGUGUUGAUUGUUUUUUUAUUAUUAUUAUUGAACUGACCCAUGUGGUUUCAUGCUGUGCUGCUUGUGUGUUGUUGUGUGUGAGUAAAAUUUACUACUAAAGAUGUUUACAUGGGUUACUCUGAGCUAUAUGCAUAUAAAGAAAUGACAUUAUUCUGCUUAGUACAGUUAUAUUUACAAUUCUUUAUCUAUUAAUAUCUUAUUUUAAUUAGUUUUUAUGUUUAAAGUGAAAAGGGCUUCUGUCAGAUCUGCACAAGGCAUCACAACAGUGUGUUUUUUGACAGUUUGGGUGAAUUGUAAAUAUCCAGAUAUUUUGAUAGAUUUUGCUCAUGCCAUGUUUAGAAAUAAAUCAAAUGUUACGCAUA